AUGUCCACGGCAAGAGAGCGGGAGUCCGCAGCGGUUCACAUGCAGUACUGGUGGCGAAAACAUUUAAAACAUAACGAAGAACUGGCUGAAAAGGCAAGAAGAAUUUCGGAAUGGAGAGGGUUACAGGACAUCUCAUUGCACAACAGCGAACUGAUCGAGGAAUUGAAAGCGAUUCGAAGACGGAAGGCAUAUGAUCUAAUGAAAUACGAACACAUACUCCAAUUGCCAGCUCGAAAAGUCAAUGAAUACCUGGCAAAAGAGUCUGAAAAUCCUUCAAAGAUGAUGAAAAGUGAAAGCGAGGGGAUCCAGGAGAGGAUGGAGAAUGAGCGAAGGCACAAAGCAGCAAAAGUGAUACAGCGAGCGCACACUCACCAAAACUAUCGAAAUGUGCUCAGGCCAAAUCGUCGAGUACAACUCAUCGCCCAAAUAAAUGAUCGGUUGAACGGACGGGAGAGUCUUCGAAACGAUCACAUCAACAUUAUCAAGGAGAAGAUAAUGGAGUACCGAAUGGCUAGAGAUCGAGAUGCAGACACAUACGCAAAGCGGCAACUUGUAAUACAGUCUAUGAAGCGGGACAUUGCAGUACUAAACAGUAUUACCCCAGAAACAGCAGCCACUCCAGCUCUUCUGAAAUGCCUUGGUUCAACGAGACCAUUAGCCAACUACAAGGCAUCGUUGAGUCACGAAACGGAAAUGGAGCGAAUAGACGACAGACUCAUUGAUCAAUUCUCUGACCUAGCAGCACCAUGCCAACCGAUAUCUAUGAACUGUCGAUGUGAAUAUAUGAUGUCAACAUUUGAACGAGUGAAGGGGGAGGAGGAGGAGGAGGAGGAGGAGGAGGAGGAGGAGGAGGAGGAGGAGGAGGAGGAGGAGGAGGGGGAGGAGGAGGAGGAGGAGGAGGAGGAGGAGGAGGAGGAGGAGGAGGAGGAGGAGGAGAGGAGGAGGAGGAGGAGAGGAGGAGGAGGAGGAGGAGGAGAAGGAGGAGGAGGAGGAGGAGGAGGAGGAGGAGGAGGAGGAGGAGGAGGAGGAGGGGGGUAUGCGACAUUCAGCAGAAAAACAGGAGUGAAAACUGCUUCUUUUCAGAAGUAG